GAGCCUGGAAACCGCCCCGUGUCCCAUUUCCUCCUCUUGUUUUCGCUCCGGAUUCUCCAUGUUGGACCCAAACUGAGGAGCCCGGAGCUGCCGCCGGGGGAUCGGGGCUGGGGGCACCCGGGGGAGCCGCUGCCCGGGCCGCCCGCCCUCCGUACAGGCCGCCCCCCUUCCCAGCACGGGGAGGGAACGAGGGGGGGAUGUGAACAGCUGCGGGAGUCGGAGUCUCGGCAGCCGGAGCCGGAGCCGGCCCCCGCCCAGGCCCCCCAGCCCAGCCCAGCCCAUCCCUGCCCAGCUUGCGCGCCCGCCCGUCCUCCCGCCCAGCCAGCUCGGGCCCGCGGGAUUGUUAGAUGGAACACGGCUCUAUCAUCACCCAGGCGCGGAGGGAAGACGCCCUGGUGCUCACCAAGCAAGGCCUGGUUUCCAAAUCCUCUCCCAAGAAGCCUCGUGGGCGUAAUAUCUUCAAGGCCCUUUUCUGCUGUUUUCGUGCCCAGCAUGUUGGCCAGUCAAGCUCUUCCACUGAGCUCGCCGCAUACAAGGAGGAAGCCAACACCAUUGCUAAGUCUGAUCUGCUCCAGUGUCUCCAGUACCAGUUUUACCAGAUCCCAGGGACCUGCUUGCUUCCAGAGGUGACAGAGGAAGAUCAAGGAAGGAUCUGUGUGGUCAUUGACCUGGAUGAAACCCUUGUGCAUAGCUCCUUUAAGCCAAUCAACAAUGCUGACUUCAUAGUGCCUGUAGAGAUUGAGGGGACCACUCACCAGGUAUAUGUGCUCAAGAGGCCUUAUGUGGAUGAGUUCCUGAGACGAAUGGGGGAACUCUUUGAAUGUGUCCUCUUCACCGCCAGCCUGGCCAAGUACGCUGACCCUGUGACGGACCUGCUGGACCGGUGUGGGGUGUUCCGGGCCCGCCUAUUCCGUGAGUCCUGUGUGUUCCACCAGGGCUGCUAUGUCAAGGACCUUAGCCGCCUGGGGAGGGACCUGAGGAAAACCCUCAUCCUGGACAACUCGCCUGCCUCUUACAUCUUCCACCCAGAGAACGCAGUACCCGUGCAGUCUUGGUUUGAUGACAUGGCAGAUACCGAGUUGCUGAACCUGAUCCCAAUCUUUGAGGAGCUGAGCGGAGCGGAGGAUGUCUACACCAGCCUUGGGCAGCUGCGGGCCCCUUAGCCUUUCCUGCUUCCAAGCAGCAGCCAUCCCAGCAGGGGACUUUCCUACAUUGUGCCUUUAUGAUCAGACAUACAGACAGCGGAAGUUGGAGCUCCUCACCAAAUGGGGCCUGGAAAUAGUGAGAAGUGAUUGGAAAGAGCUUCAGGACAGGUUAGAUGCCAAGUGGGCAAACAUCAGACCAACAUCAGAGCUACCUGCUUCUUGAGUUGGGUUUCCAAGAUAUGAAUGUGAGUGUGAGUGCGUAUGUGUGUGUGUCUUGCCUGGAACUGUGGCCAUGGGAUAUACGGUGUGUCCAGUUGGGGAGAAACUGAAAGAUCAAGACUCGCCCCAAGUUCAUCUCGUCUCCAGUCACCCUAAGAGUCACAGAGCUCCGUAGGGGAUGAAGACUAUUGAAGGCUCCAUUGCCAAACCCAUGGCCUUUCCUCAGUGUUGUAAGGCUCAUGCCAAGAAGAAAGGAAGGGUCAGAGGCUGCCUCGGGGGUCCCAGGCACAUGCCUUUGUGAAACCUUUCUACAGCCAGCUGCUGCAGACAGAAAGAUGACACUUCUGGGAAGAUGAGAACUUGUUUUCAGAACCGGUGCCCCAGUGGCCAUCAGGUCCUGUGGUCCAGGGGCUGCACUUGCCUCCGAGUGCCUGGCAUGGGCCCUUUCUGUGUCUCCCCAGUGGCUUGGGCACCAGGCCUGCCUUCCUCAGCCUCCAGCCAUAGUUGGAACUAUGGGGAAGAAGGUCUUCUCCCUGCCCUGGAAGAGGACAGAUAACUGAUAUCCGUUCUUUUGACUGUUUUAAAAUUCUCUUUCUAAACAUGGAGUGUUGGGCCUGUUUUGUUUCUGACAAAGCUGCAGUCCCGGCCUUGAGGUGAAUGUGGGGGGUGGGAGUUGGGGCUGCAAGGAAGAGAAAAAUCCCCAAAGCAUGAAUGUGUGUGUCCCCUCAGCUUGUAAAUCGGCCAAGCUUGGGACCGGUUCCGUAAGUCUGCUCUUCAGGGAUUCUCUGCUGGUGCUGGUGAAAGGACUCUUGUUCCAAAGGCUGAGAAGGGCAGCUCUAGGCUACCCCAGCCCCUCCUGUUUCUUGGGCAGGGUUCCCUCCUGUUGUGUCUUCCCAGGACCUGUCCUGAGCUCUGUCUGCUCCAGCCUUCAUCCCUCCUGGCUGUCAUUUUUUCUCUCCAGGGCCUCAGAAGCACUCCUGAUUUUCCUGGGUUGAGGGGAAUGUGUGUUCUCGCCACUUGGGUUGCCGGCCUCACACACAUGCCUCUGGUAACAGGUGCCCAAAAGAGCUCAAGUGUGAGUGAGCCCCUCAGGCACCUGCACUUUGGGUGUCUCUUGCUUUCAAAGGUUCUUAAUAGUGAAUGCUUUAAAAAAUGGUCACAAAAUGAAAGUUUCUCCAGGGUGGAAAACAAAAGGGGAAGUGCUGCUAUAAUUGGAGCACAAGGGGGCCCUCCCAAAGGGAGCCCCACCUCAGCAUCACUGCCUUAAUCAUGGCCUCCCCCGGGGCUGGGUGGGGUUCUUUCUCUUCCCUUCCUCCCUCUGGGGCAGGAGGGAGUUCCUGUUCUCAUCUCUGGUUUCCCUGUAGGCAGGUGUCACAAAACUUUGUAAAUUGUUCCAGGUGUGGGACACCUCCACUCAGGACUCACUCCUGUUAUCCUCAAUUUCCACACUAGGUCCAGCCCCCGGAACUAGCCAGGUGGGACAGGACAGCAGCUUGGUGUUCUAAGUAGUAGCUGGCUGGCAUCUUUCCCUAGUGUUGUGGUGCCAUCUUCCCGCCUUGCCGCAAGGUUUUAAGUCCUCAUCUUUCCUUUUGGUGUCACAGCCGUGGAAGAGAGCCCCUGAAGCCCAUGUGCUCAUUUCCUCAGCAUCAUUCCUGAUGCCUGUGAGGUCUUGCUUCAGGUAAAAGGAAGAGAGCACUAGCAGACGUGACAUCUGAAAGGAAAUGGGAACUUCUGACACAUAAGGCCAGCUAUAGCUUCAGUCUAGGCCUUGGCCUAGGCUUCUAUCCUAAUACUUUGGGAGGGAGCUCGCCCAAACCCCACCCUAAGGGUUAGACCUUGGGCCACACUUCUGCCAGCUGGGCCCAGCCAAGCUUUUCUGACAAAAUAAGCAAUAAGAGAGUCCCUAAGCUGCUCCAGUCUAUAGGACCCUUUUUGCCCCCAUUUGUAUCUCCACAUUUUUCCAGGUAGAGAUAGAAUACGUGCGACCCCCUUCCCUAUCAGGCUUGUCCAAAUGCCCACAGUGUGAUCCGUGACUAGAGCCCAGGAUGGCUUGGUGGGAGUGUCCCUGUCAGGACCUGUCUUGCUUCUGUCAGAACCCUGCCCCACCUGCCUACAGCUUCCUCAACAGAAAUGCCAUCCCCACGUCCCCUUCUCCUUUCCCUGGAGAAGAAACUCGGCCAAAUAAGUCUAAACAGGGUCCUUGCAUCUAGACCAGAGCCAGCCCAAAGUCAUUACUUGCUGUCCAGUUUCCAGUUAAGUGUGUUGGGGGGCAAGUGAUGGUUGUAAAACUCAUUCCUUGGAGGAAUCGGGCCAGACUCAAUUUUGGAGAAGGGCAAGAUUGGGAGGGAGCCAUUUCAUCUCGGGAUCUGUUCUAGGACUUCCCGCUGGUCCUUCCCGUUUGAGACUGGUCUGCAGGAGGCAAUAGGCCACUGUGCCUGGUCAGCGCCAAUUCAAGCCAUGCCAGGCAGGGAUCUGCCCCCUGCCAUGUUCAGUUUUUAAGGUGCCUCUUCAGGGACACAGUGUGUCUCUCUGAUUGGGCUUCUAAAUCAAAAGCCUGAUGUUCGUGUCCCCCUCAUAGGGGGAGCUUUGGACACAGGACCAGUUUGGAAAAGGGUUCAGGUAAGGGUUUCCACUCUGCACAUUGUAGAGUGGACACUCUAGACCCAUGGGUCCCUUGCUAGAGAGGAAUACAGAUGUGUCCUGGGCCCUAAAUAACUUAAGGAAUUUGUCUCUAAAUACAUGUUUAAUUGCUGAACAGAUAAGAAACCUUGAGUACAUUUGCCUUCAGUUUGCCUGGGACCUUUUGUUUAGCGCUCUCAUGUCUCCCAAAGAUUUUGACCAUUUUGUAAGUGUAUAAACUCACCUCUGUUAAACAGUGGCCCAGAAGCUUCUUUGUGCUAAGCAUGGGAAGUCUGAAGGCAGUCAUUACCUGGGAAAUAGAUCCCAUUCUGUUCUGCUGCCCCUAUCCUGCUCCUGAGACCUCACUCAGAAGGGCAGCCACUUCCUAAGGCUAGGCCCAUUUUCCCUUCCAGUGCUCCAGAUGGUUACUUGGCACUGUUGUCCCUCAUUUACCUUUUUUGUAAAGUGGAGUUUUAGUUUAGUUUAGCUUUGUUUUUAAGCCAGUAAAUAUCUGCAUUCAACCAGAGAAGGGGCGGUCAGAAAUGCUGGCCUGCUGCCCCAUUCCAUUAAUGCUCUAGGGCCUUCACUUUGAGCCCUGCAAGCUUCUCUGCUUGUAAUUACCCAAGUGUGACACAUUUUAUCUUGUGCUGCUUUCCCCCUUCAAGAUACCAUUUGGAGGGUAGGGGAUCUGCUUCCCACUGUGAUUGGGCUAUGGGAUUCUGACUACCUUGGUUACAGAUUCAUGGUUUGAUAAAUCCAUUGUAUUCAAAAACUUGAAAUGUAGGACGCCAUUAAGUGUCUGUUUCUAUUUUUGGAAUAUUUGUAUUACUUGCAAUUAAUUAAUAAAAGGGUUUAAAAACCCCAUCCAGCAAUGGAAGCUGCCUCCUGA